AUGAAUUUUCUGCCAUUGGAGCUUGGUAAGCUUGUGAGGCUACAAGAGCUAAGGCUUGCUGAUUCUGGCUACUCUGGAACCAUACCAGAGAGCUUUUCACAGCUGAAGAAUCUGACCACUUUGUCCUUGCAAAACAAGAAAUUGACAGGAGAGAUUCCAAGAGGUUUUGGGGGUCUCCCACAUAUUUACCACUUGAAUCUGAGCAGGAAUUUCUUGGGUGGAAUUGUGCCUUUCAAUGCAAGUUUCUUGAACAGGCUGGGAAGGAAUCUAGAUCUUAGUGGGAAUCUAGGACUUUGUUUGAGUUCCUCUGAGGCUUAUAGUGUGAAGAUUGGAGUUACUAUUUGUGGAAGAAACAAGAUUAAUGGUGGCUCUGAUGAUCUCAAACAGCCCUUGAUGAGCUCUCAUGCUCCUCCAUUUGGCAAUAAAUUUUUUCUUCCUAGUGGUUUUGGUGUCUUGGUCUUGCAUCAGAUGUUGUUUCUUCUAGUGUGA